AUGAAAGAUACAGAUUCGAGAUAUGACGGGGAACCUUAUUUCAUGGAUGAGCCGAUUGCUGAGACUGGAUUCUCCAUGCAGUCAUCCGUAUUUGGAGGAAUCGACAUACCACUAGUCAGCGGUCUGGAUCUCCCGGGCAAAUCCUGUGGAGGAAUAGUUCAAUUUAAUUUCCCCAGUGUGUGGUUUGGUGGAGUCUCAGGAGGUCCUGUACUUUCUCCAUCACAAACUCAGAAAUUGUGGGAUAUCAGAGCGUCAUAUCCAGUACCUGUGGAUUGGUUCAUGGGGCUACAUGAUCAAAAUUUCUGGAAUUUUUACUUACGAGCUUUCGGUCCCAAGGCCACACACAUGGGUCCGAAGAUUGUUGGGCAAUGGAAUUUUAAAAGCGAUCAACUAUAUGCAACAGCUCCUAGAGGCGAUGAGGAUACUGCUCCUAUUGACGUGCCAUUAUUGGCACGAGAAUCUGAGAUGGUAUCGGUUUAUAUAGAAAAUGCGCGCCGCAGGAGAGUUCAAAAGAUCAUGGAGAGGGCUCAGAAUAUAAAUCCGAAGCAACCAGGGCAUUAUCGCUAUUCGCAACGAGUAGCCCUGAAAGAUAAAGCUCCAUACUCAGGUCAAACUUGUCCAAGAUACGAUGAGAUCAAGAAAUAUUUUGAGGAUAAUAGAACUGCUUUGGGACUAGGAGCCAUGAAAUUCAUCAUACCUUCACCUUUAUUACGAAGUUAUGUUAUACGCCAUGGUGGAAUUAGCCUCACAAAUUCAGAAUGGACCAACUUUUUCGUAGUAGCGAAUGGUCAUAAGGAAAUGUUCACAUAUAGUCACGCCGGACAUGGAAUGAUUGGCUUAAUCAAAGAUGGCUGGAGGAGACCAGAAAUCCCAAUAGGACCUGUACGUCAACCAUCACUACUACGUCGAGUAUCAACCAGACUUCAACAUUCUGCUUCAACGCCCAAGCGUGAUCAACCGCAGCCACCAAGCGAAAAACUAGCACAAGUAUUCGCAAUUGUCUGCUCUGCUGUACUUAAGAACGUUGAUCCCCUCGAAGCAACAUUAGAUUUCUGCAAGAACAAUUUUCGGACAACGUGUAAUGUUGCUUGGGGGUUAAACAGAAAUCUCUUCAAGAAAAAGGGUUAUGAGAUUCCGGAUAUGCCAGAUGGAUUUCCAGAGGAUUCAAAACAUCUUGAUAGAUGCAUAUAUUGGUCGGAAUUGUUUGAUAAUGAGGCCCCAAAAGGAAUGAUUAGGAGAAUGAGAUAUGAGGCACCAGCGCUUAUAGAGCCAGAAUUACGUGGUAAGAAAAAGUUGCGGAAGAAGUGCGUGUUUCAAAGUCAGGCUGUCAGAUGA